AUGGAGAUUCACGAAGGUCGUCGGUUAACUCUUAAAUGUAAAGUUCAAGGUGAAACAAAUCCACAAAUUAAAUGGUUUAAAGAUAACAAGCCAAUCGACAUGUCACUUUAUCCAAACAUCAAAAUUACAUCAUCCACGAAACAUUCAGAAUUACGAAUUGAACAGGUUAUAUCAAGUGAUAGUGGAAAUUAUUCAUGUCGGGGAGAAAGUCAGCAAAGUCAAAUUAGUAAAUGGGUAUUUGUCUCAGUUUAUUCCGCUUGUCCAGUGAAUGUUUGCAAUGUGGGCACAUGUUUUAUUAUUAACAAUAACACACUUUGUAGAUGCCCUAAAAGCCACACCGGUGACUACUGUGAUCAACUUGUAUCCAACGAUAAAAUAACCAACAAACUAUUCAUGAAUACUCAACCAAUAAAACAAAAUAUAAACAGUUUACAAUCCGAUUCCAAGCUGUCCGUAUCCUCAUCACCACCGCCACCUACCAGUACACUAACCAACGGGAUACCAAUCAGUAAUGAGAAUAAUCAUCCUCGUCAAAAUAUUCAACUGCUGAAUGAAAUAAAACGUGAAAAAUUUGAUUUAUGCACUUUACCUGAAUUUCAAUUUACAACAGACUGUAUGCCCGUCAAAAGUCAUUUAACAACUUUCAUAGGCACUGCAAUCACAUGCUCUGUAUUAAUAUUACUCCUGACAUUCUGUGCUGCUUAUAUCAGAAGGCGACGAAUAAUUAGUAGAGGAAAACAAGAUCGUCAACAUUUGUCAAAAGUGCAACACUCUGAAUCCGGAAAUGUUGUUGCUGUUGAAACAACCGAGGAUAAAUAUCACUUAUCGACAUUGAGUCCAAAUGAUGUUUAUCUCAAAAAUGGACCGUUACAACUAGGUCAACUGAAAUCUUUGUCUUUCGAAGGUGUACUUUAUACGGAAUUAGCUGAUAACAAUAACACUAAUACUAAUACUACUACUAAUAGUAUUAAUAGUAAUAAAGAUUUCAAAUCUUAUCCCAACUGUACACUUACCCCAAAUUACAAUAUAAGUAGAAACAAUUCAAACACCUUAUUACAACAACCAACCACAGUGAAUUCCUUGCACAGACAACAGUCAAUAAACUGUCAAGUCUCGCCUACAACUUGCUCAAAUACUGCCUAUUUUGUUUGGACAAGCAAUCCUAACACACCCGAGAUUAUACAACAGACGAAUCAAGGGAUUAGUAUGCAACCAUUAGGCAAAGUAUUGAUACACACAGAUAGUCAGGGACAACAACAACAACACAUAGAAUGCUCAAGUGAUCCAUUUUCAUCUGUUUCAACAAUGACACGGAACUUUCCAGUCAGUUCAUCAAUACAGCCUUUGCCUUCAAACGAUAUUCUACUCAAUAGUGUAUCUUUAAUAAAUCAAAACACUAUUGGCACACUUUUUUCGUCGACAACCAAUGACAGUGUAACUUCAACAUUAUUGUCAUCUGGAUCUAAAUUAUGCAGCCCGGUGAUUGCUCACACGACGGAUGUAGUUAGUAAGGUGCAUCCAGAGAGCAAUAUCACAACGAUGAACAACAACCCCUUAGAAGUUUCUCUCCUUCAAGGUAGCCCAAUAUUCAGGACACACAAUACAAAAGACACCACACUACCAUAUGCUUUUUGUACAAAUAUAGCGUAUAACAGUUCACCAAUGACUGAUUCAAUGACAUCAAAUCUAUCUCAUUUAAGUAGUAGUGAAAAUUAUGUAACACAUUUUAUUACACCAGAUACAAUUAUAUCGACUGUUAAUACAGAUGAACUGCAACAACAACACCACAGCCACCUGAGUAAAUCCGUUUGUCAACAGCACACAGCGAAUUCACUAUCGCCGACAUCAUCGAAUUCUCCACAGACUUGUAUUAUUCUUGAUCCAGAUAGCUUGAAAUUUAGUUCAAAACUUGUUUAUUUCUGUUCAUCGAAUGCAAAUCUUGAAAGCAAAUGAUCCUUUUUCUUGUCAAGAUCACCACAAACAACCACAAACACUAUCACGUUCU